AUGGAAGUAGAAGUGAAACUACGCUUAAAACAUUCCACAGACCACCACCAACUACUAACUCUUCUAUCUCCAUUUUACAUCAAAACCUUACACCAACAUAACCUCUUCUUCGAUACCCCAACUUCCUCACUCUCUUCUCAACGCGCCUUUUUGCGUCUCCAAUUUCUUGAUAAAGACACUCGUUGUUUCAUCUCUCUGAAAGCGAAGCCAACUUUGAUUAACGGAGUGAGUCGCGUGGAAGAAGAUGGGGAAGAAGUAGACCCGUUGAUGGCAAAAGAUUGCGUUCAGAACCCGAUGAAGUUAUUUGAUUUGAAAUCGAGGGUUGUGAAGAGAGUGAUAGAGGAGUUUGGGGUGGAGAGAAAAAUUGGGUGGGUAUGUUUGGGGGGUUUUGAGAAUGUGAGAGAAGUUUAUGAAUGGAGAGGAUUAAAAUUGGUGGUUGAUGAGACUAGAUAUGAAUUUGGAACUAGAUAUGAGGUGGAGUGUGAGAAUGAGGAUCCUGAGAAGGUUAAAAGACUUCUUAAGGAGUUCCUGAAUGAAAAUGGGAUCAAAUAUGAUUACUCUGAGAAAUCUAAGUUCGCUAUCUUUCAAGCUGGGAAUUCAACACCGCCUUAAUCAAUGAGUUUUUUAAAUGAUGCCUUAAUAUGAUAAUGUUGUUUCUUGAGUUUUUCUCUGAAUGCUUUAAUUU